AUAACAUUCUCUUUAUUGGAAAUGAAAGAGUGGAGAAUUUCCCAGAGGAGACAGGGAAAAUUAUUUUAGAGAAAUUUGCAGAUCCCCUGAAGAAUAUGUCCUUUUUUCUCAGCAGGUUCAUUGACCAGGUCAUACCAACCAGAUGAAUCCAGCAAAUCAUUCCCAGGUGGCAGGAUUUGUUCUACUGGGGCUCUCUCAGGUUUGGGAGCUUCGGGUUUUUUUCUUCACUGUUUUCUCUGCUGUAUAUUUUAUGACUGUAACAGGAAACCUUCUUAUUGUGGUCAUAGUGACCUCUGACCCACAUCUGCACACAACCAUGUAUUUUCUCUUGGGCAACCUUUCUUUCCUGGACUUUUGCUACUCUUCCAUCACGGCACCUAGGAUGCUGGUUGACUUGCUCUCAGGCAACCCUACCAUUUCCUUUGGUGACUGCCUAACUCAACUCUUCUUUUUCCACUUCAUUGGAGGCAUCAAGAUAUUUCUGCUGACUGUCAUGGCAUAUGACCGGUACAUUGCCAUUUCCCAGCCCCUGCGCUACACACUCAUUAUGAAUCAGACUGUCUGUGCACUCCUCAUGGCAGCCUCCUGGGUGGGGGGCUUCAUCCACUCCAUAGUACAGGUUGCAUUGACCAUCCAGCUGCCAUUCUGUGGGCCUGACAAGCUGGACAACUUUUACUGUGAUGUGCCUCAGCUAAUCAAAUUGGCCUGCACAGACACCUUUGUCUUAGAGCUUCUAAUGGUGUCUAACAGUGGCCUGGUGACCCUGAUGUGUUUUCUGGUGCUUCUGGGAUCCUACACAGCACUGCUAGUCAUGCUCCAAAGCCACUCACGGGAGGGCCGCAGCAAGGCCCUGUCCACCUGUGCCUCUCACAUUUCUGUGGUGACCUUAAUCUUCGUACCUUGCAUUUACAUCUAUGCAAGGCCUUUUCAGACAUUCCCCAUGGACAAGGCAGUCUCUGUGCUAUACACAGUACUCACCCCCAUGCUGAAUCCUGCCAUCUAUACCCUGAGAAACAAGGAAGUGAUCAUGGCUGUGAAGAAGCUGCGGAGGAGGCAAAAGGAUCUUACUGGUUCCCUGUGCAGACCCUUAGAUUAGCAGAGGCAGUGACCUGAGAAUCUGAAAGACACGUCAGGGUAUUAGCUUGCUUGAUAGGACCCUAAAGGUAGAUAGAAAUCUCUGCCCACUGCUUCUCCAUUGUUCUUAACCUCAGUCAGGUUCUGGUGACCUGAACAAUUAGCCAAAAUAGAAGAUGGGAUGAGUGUCUUAGAACCACUGCUAAGUGCCUCCCAGAUAAAAGGUAUCAAGUUCUAUGCAGAAGUACUGUUUGGCUCAGAGACCACUUUCCCAGGUAAGAAUGGUGUUGGCCUUGCUGAGAAAGUUUCAACUAGUAAAUCUGGUGUCUCUUGCCUGAUAUCACUUUUUGGACACAAAAUACAUUAGAAGAGCUUAAAAUAUUUUAAAAUUUCUUUAAGACAAGCGUUCUCUUGAAAUAUUGGACCCUGAGUCCCAAUGGAGACUGAUUGAUAGUUGAAUGUUUGUCAGUGAGGAAAAAG